GUCUUGUAGAACAGACGCAUAGGUUGAAGACGAUGAUAUCAGUAGGAUUUGUUCAACCCAGUUCUCUCUUUUCCUUCACAGCGAAAUCCAUUGACAAGCCACACGCAGCUUUACGAACCAAAUGGGUCUCUUCUUCUUCUCUUUCUUCUCAUCCUUCUUCAACAUCUUCCGGUGAGACAUUUCAUCGAACAGGUUAUGGGCAAGUUCUUCAAAAGGAUUUUAUCAGUAGCACCAAUGAAGAAAGUAGGAAGAAAACGAAAAGGGUCUUCUUCUUAGACGUUAGUCCACUUUGUUACGAAGGAAACAAGCCUAGUUCGCAAGCUUUUGGUCAUUGGAUUUCACUCUUCUUCUCUCAAGUCAGCCUCACUGAUCCUGUCAUAGCUGUUAUCGAUGGAGAAGAAGGUAACCAGCAACGCCGAGAAUUGUUGCCUUCAUAUAAAGCUCAUAGGAAAUCACCAAAUCCUGGGAAAUACUCUAAGAGGCCACAUGAGUUCGUCUAUGAAGUUCUUAGAAAAUGCAAUGUGCCAGUUGUUAGAAUAGAAGGGCAUGAAGCAGACGAUGUGGUCGCUACACUGAUGGAACAAGCUGUGCAAAAAGGAUAUCGCGCGGUUAUUGCAUCACCGGACAAAGACUUUAAGCAGUUGAUUUCUGAAAAUGUUCAGAUUGUCAUUCCAUUGGCAGAUCUCAGGAGAUGGUCCUUUUAUACCUUGAAACAUUACCAUGCUCAGUAUAAUUGUGAUCCACAGUCUGAUUUGAGCUUUCGAUGUAUAAUGGGUGAUGAAGUUGAUGGAGUUCCGGGUAUUCAGCACGUGGUCCCAGCGUUUGGAAGGAAAACAGCGAUGAAACUUGUGCGAAAACAUGGUUCUUUGGAGAGUUUACUCAGUGCUGCAGCUGUAAGAACCGUGGGGAGACCAUAUGCUCAAGAGGCCCUUACGAAAUACGCAGAUUACUUACGGAGAAACUAUCAAGUUCUUGCCUUGAAAAGGGAUGUGAGGGUACAGAUUCAAGAGGAAUGGCUUGUUGAAAGAGACACAAGCAAUGAUUCAGAAGUACUGUCAAGCUUCUUCUCAACCUUGGAUAGAUGAUACUGCAAAGCACAAACACACCAUCGCGUUUUAGCUGAUAGCAAGUUUUUGUAACCUUGAAUUUACCUGUCAGCAUUGUGGUUCAUAUCUGAUUUUGUCAUAUCCAUUGAUAUGAAUCUAAAUCCAAUCUGUUGUUUCAUUA